AUGCAGUUUAAUCUCCUAAAGGCCGUUAGGGAGGAGCACGCCAAACGCCAGCACAGCCACAUCGAGGGUGGUCGACGCAUGGUCAUUGAGGAGGAGGAGGAUGAGGACGAGCCCGAUGACGAUGAGGAGGAGGAAGAAGAAGAGGAUGAGAAUGCGCAGGAAGAAGCAGCCGCAGAGAAGGAGGCGGAACGGAAGCGAAGGGAGGCAGAAACCAGAGCCGCCAUUGAGGCCGCCAGGAACCCCACCCACAGCGGCAGUAGUUAUGCUGCCACCUCUACAAAGCCGCCCUCGUCUCGUCGCGCAGCCACGCGACAUAAAGGACCCGAACGCACAGCCUACGGGGGCUCCUCGCCAGUCCGUCGAGGCGUCCUACUCGAGGAGGUGGUGGACGAUUCCGAAGAAGAGGAGGGGCAAGAGCAAGAGCAGGCGGUGGAUAUGCACGGGCUUCAGAAUGGGAUAAAGGCGGCUGCUGCUGAGGUAAGUGUGUCUGUCUUGAAACUGAUUCAGUUAAAAAUCACAACUCAGGUAAGACAAAGUUGGUGGGAGCAGCUUUACUGCUAG